AUUUAAACUUUUAGGAAAGUUGAAUCUGUGAAGAUGAGAGAUGGAAGCGACGGAGAGAAGAAAAACGGGAGCUUUCCAGAAACGCCGCCUUAUGAAACCCUAAAAUUUCUAUGAUUUUGAUCUCUUAAAUGUAUGCUAUGACUCCACCAUUCUCUGUUUCCUCUCGCCUUAAUCCUCCUCCCUUCCUCCGAAUUCAUCCUUUCUUCUCUUCUUUCUUCUCUUCUUCUUCUUCUUCUUCUUCUUCCCACACCCAACCACCCUCUGAUUCCAAUGGAAUCGUUCUCCAAUACCUCAUCGAUACCUUCCAACUCUCCCCCGCCAGCGCGGUGUCGAUUAUGGCUAACCGUAGAGGCCUUAAAUCAACUGAAAAGCCUCGAUCCGUUUACAAAUAUCUUUCAGAGCUCGGAUUAUCCGACACCCAAAUUAAAUCAGCGAUUCGAAACACACCCCAGUUGGCGUUUACCAGCAUUGAGAAAACACUGAAGCCAAAGAUAGAGUUCUUCCAGAAUCUUGGCUUAGUUGGUUCACAUUUGAGUAAGUUCAUUUCCAAGAAUUCUAAAGUUUUAUCUUGCAGUUUGGAAAAGACAUUGAUGCCCAAUAUCGAGAUUCUUAAGAAUGUUUUGGCCAAGGAUAAGUGUAAUGCCGGUCUCCCGACAGUUUUGCGGCGAUGUUCUGGUAUACUUAUGCGCUCCCCGGAUAAAGUGUUGUCUGUAAAUAUCAGUUACUUACGAAGUUGUGGGGUUGUUGAUUAUCAACUCCCUAUGUUACUGAAGCGACAACCUGCACUUCUUAUUACGCGUGAAUCUCGAUUGAAAGAUUUUGUUUCAAUGGCUAUAAAGGCUGGUUUUUCUAUCAACAGUCGAAUGUUUAUUCAUGGACUUCUAUCUAUCAGUAGCAUAAGUAAUGCAACCUUUAAGAAGAAAGUGGAGCUGAUAUGUAGUUUUGGAAUAACUGAGAAAGAAUGUAUGAGAAUGUUUAAUUCGGCUCCUGUUUUGAUGAGGACUUCCAUUGAUAAACUUGAGGUUGGUCUAGAAUUCUUCAUGAAUGAGGCAAAAGUUAGCAAAUCAGAGAUUGUUCGUAAGCCUUCUUGUUUGAUGCACGCAAUGCAUGAGAGGGUGCUCCCUCGUUAUAGAGUUUUAGAGGUUCUGAAGUCGAAGAGGCUAACGAAGAAGCUCCCGAAAUUGAUCAAUUCAUUGUGGAAGUCUGAUGAGGAUUUCUUGGAUAUAUACGUCCGUAGGUUUCCUGAUAAUAUGGACGAUUUGUUUGAGGCCUUUAGAGGUAAUUCUGUUGGUGCAUUGCAGCCUGAGGAGUUAGCAACAUGAAGAUGGGGCAAGAACUAGAGCUAAUUUGAUCUAACAUUUGGUCAAUACCUUGAGAACAAGUGGUCGGGUUGGAAGGUGUUUGAUCAUCAUAGUGAGCUUGAUUCUCCCAUUUCAUCCCACAUUAUAUGUGCUACUAUGGUGAACUUACUUGGUUUAAAACUUCCCAUUACAAAAUACAGCUAUUUUUGGACAGUGGGAUGAUACUGGAUCAGUUCGUCUGGUUGGGAACCAUGCUAAUUGGAAGUCUGUUGGGAUUGACAUGAACAUACUACCUCCAACCAACUUUCAAGUGUCGAGCAGGACGACCACGAAAACAAACAAAGAAUACUAUCAGAAGAAAAGUCACUCAAGAUGCAGCCAUUGUCAUCGUGCUGGUCACAAUCGUAGAAAUUGCAGAUUUCCACCAUUUUUACAAUGACGUGACAUUAUGUUUUUGAUAAUAAUCUUUUAGCUUGAGCAUAUAGAACAUUUAUAUUUUGUGUGUAUAGUAAAUACUUUCUAUUUGUUUGACUCAAACCUUUCAAUAAUAAUCUAUUUUUUUCUCAA